AUGUGUGUACGUUUCUCUCUUUCUUUUCACUCAAAAACGCGGAAAGGGGACGAAAUGUGUUUGAGAGGUGCGAUUAGUCAUUGA